AUGCGAGUCCUAGUAGCAGCAUUUUCUCACAUUUUUGCAGAAAUCGUCGAUCCGACUGGGUUAUUUACUGACUCCAGAGGACUAACAAGAGAUACGUAUGCUAUCAAAAAGGAACUUCCAGCUGAAGAUUUCAACUUUGUCGUGCUCGGAGACUGGGGAGGACUUCCUCCACCAGCAUACACCAGUGAGCUUCAACUGAACGGUGCCAAGGCCCUCAUGGAAUAUGCAAAGAUUAAUCCCCCAGAAUAUGUUCUCUCGAUCGGCGAUCAUUUUUACUACAACGGAGUCGAGACAGUUCGAGAUCGAGCUUGGGAAAGGACAUUUGAGAAUGUCUACGACUCUCAAGAGAUGAUGGUCCCUUGGUAUCCGACAAUGGGUAAUCAUGAUUGGUUAAAAUUGCCGGAGGGAACUGAAGGUGGACAGAAAGGCAAUGGAUGGGCCCAGAUUGAAUACUCUGCUCAUGGAACUGGUCGAUGGACGCACCCAGAUCUUUUCUUCACGACUGAAUACACAACCAGCGCUGGAAUCAAAGUCAAAACCAUUCUGGUCGACACUCCAACUCUCACUGGCGAGUACCGCGAUGGAGCCCCCCGACCCAUUCACUCUGAUGAAAACUGCGACGAUCCGUACAACCUUGACUGUGAGCUCCGAGCUCUUCAUCCUCUCGACGAAGAAAUUGCAGAGUGGGCUUGGGAGUGGGUUGAGCAAGAACUCGCGAAUUCAGGGGACGCGGAUUACUUAUUCGUAACCGGGCAUUACAUGAUUCUUGAUACUGGCGGCAUCUAUGAUUGGGAGCUUUUCAGAAGACUUGAGCCACUCAUGGAACAGUACAAAGUGAGCGCAUUCUUCCAGGGCCACAAACACACACAAGAACACGCCGUUCGAUCACCAAAACUCGUCCCAGCAGGAGCCGAAGAAACCCCCGGCACCGUUCAUUUCUUCACCACUGGAGCUGGUUCUCUUUAUGACACCGAGUCCACCAUUUUCCAACAGCUGACAGGAGGCUUUCCGGGAAGAAGCGGCUGCCAUCCCAGAUUUGAAGAGAACGGAAAUGACAACUCUAGAACUGUCUGUCAUUACUACUGGGCGACGACUAAGAAUGAUGGAGAAGCUGAUAGCGGCUUUACUUCAGUGAAUAUUUCCGCUGAUCGAGCGCAAGUCCGAUUCGUCACUUCCGAGAAAAUCAAUGAAGACGACAAGUUUUCCAUCGGAUACGAAUUCGAUAUUCCUCCUAGAAAUGUUCAAUAA